UUUGAUUCCCAAAUUCGCUUACUUGAAUCUCUGAUUCCCUUGAUUUUCAUUGAUUGAUUCUGUUUGAUAAGUAAGAAAAUUGUGUAUGUCUGUGUAGUGUACUACAGCCACAGAGAGAAAGAAUGAGAACUAUUUCUUGUUUAUGUGACACGCAGACAGACACUUUAGAAAUUGAGAGUGAUAGAUAGAUAAUACACAUAUGUUGUCGGACAUCAGACACACUUUUAUAUGGCGGUUAGGUUUCUGGACUUGAAUGAGCAUGCUUAGUAGAGCUAAGGGCCAGCCAGGCUUGUUUUCUGGUGUGAACAAGACGUUAAAUACAGAGACACAUUUUCCGAGAGAUAAAUAUGGAUCAUAUGUAUAUGGCUUGCCCACUAUUGCAUCUAAUGAAGCUCAAGGGAAUAACGGGAUACAACGCUACAUUCCAGAUGAAUCAAUUGACACCAAAGUCAGUCAGCAGAACCAAGCCAACCAAGAAACGGAUGAGGCUCGUGAGGAAGACAUGGAAAUAGGAUAUGACGAAAGCCCACCAACGCCAACUUACGAGGGUCUUGAACAGAGAUUUAUUGACGAGAUCAUGAAACUAGUUCAGGACCGAAGUGAUAAAGAGGAUGCAGAAUUUGCAAGGCACAAUGAGAGAAUAGUUGAGAUAAACACGGAGUUCCAGGAAAAGUUAUCUUCCCUGAGAGCUCUUCAAGAAACUCGGAGAGAAGAGUUUCUUCGUAAGGAAGCACAGGCAAGAUUGAAUCAGGAUCAGCAUGUUAAAAGGAACCGCUACCCCGCCAUAAAGGUGGAAGAUGCUAAUGGAUAUUUAAGUCCUUCAACUACAUUCAUUGCUAGAGAAGCAACUAGCAGUAGUAGGUUUCAUGGUCUUACCGAGUAUAAUAAAUAUGUUGGAGAUCCAAAAGAGUGUUUAACAACAACUUCAAAUGGGAUGCAAACAACUCAAAGGAAUGAGACAAGGGUUCCAUUGCCCCCUGGUCGUGUUUACAAGAACAGUUCUGUAAAUAACUAGAUUUAAAUAAUAUAUAUAAUGAUUGAAAUUGCAUGAAGUUGCAUGAAGGUGUUUUUUAUACAUUAACUCGGGUUUGUCAUCGAUUGCCUAAUCAUAAGACCAUGAGAAUUACGAUCAGUUGUAUUAAGUAUAGAACUUAAAUUUAAGACGAUUGUUACGUAUAAGAACUAAAAUUACAAUAAAUAUUUGCUUCUUUCUGUUGUCCACAAA